GAGAAGAGCUCAUUCAUUUUGAACAGCUUGGACUGAACACAGCUCUUUCGUAAAAUAGAACACAAAACAAAUAAUAUGAAAAAUUGAACAAAAAUUCUAAAUUCAUAGCCAAGGACUAACUCAACGUAUUUCUUCAGCAAACAAAAAUCCCAGCUGUACCAUUUGAGCCUGCAGAUCCGCAGAUUCUGGAAGAGAUUCGCGAGUGCCCUUGUCCAAAUCCAAAACUUUCAAGAUGGUUCUGAUGCUUUGCUGCAGCUUCGAUCCCUUCUACGUGGGUCCCUGCCCACCCGGCUGCCUGGCUCCUUUGAUGGGAGGAACUCCCUACUGCGGAUGUGGUCCCUGUGGAGGUUGCUGCAGUCCUUGCUGUGGUCCUUGUGGUGGCUGCAGCUCGUGUCCCUGCGGCUGGUGAAGCGCUCACUGGACAAAGAAGCAGAGAUAAUGGUCUCUCACCGCUAUCAUAGGCAUUACUAAGGCAGCAAGCGGUAAUGAGCUUCUUCGGAGAUCAAGCUACUGUCAGACUGCUGGAGGGAUAUGUUGCUGUUCGAAAUCCUCUUUGCCUUGGCUGGGGCUGAAACACCCAAGCUCUCGUAUACAUACACAAUUUUUAUUAUGGCUGUUCAGUAAUAAAAUGAAUUAAAAUACAAAA